UCUGGCAACCCCUUUCAGAAAAACUCAUAGCAACCUGGCAACCUUGCGCGCAUAGAAACGUGGGCUGAGCGCUCGGCGACGCACUCACACAGCCAGAGUUUCCACACAUCAGAAAGUGAUCGCGGGUCAGAAACGGGCGAGAGAGAGAGAGAGAGCUCGUACCGAAAAGUGUUGCGGAUUAACCGAGUUUAACGAAUAUUGGGAGACUCAGGAGGAACAACGGAAACCCGGAACGGAAACCUCGGCGUGUCGGAGCGGUGAGCGAUGCGCUGGCACCAUGGCCAAAUGGUUCAAGGAGCACCUGGGAUUCAAGAGCGCCAAAGCCUCGCCGCCGGCGCCUCCGAGACCGGACUACCGGCACUGCCACGCGGCCGCCGCAGCUUACCAACACGCGGGCACCGGCACCGUAGGCGCGAGCUACCCGAGCGCCGCGCAGCCGGAUAUCCUCGCCGCGUACAAACUCCAGAAAGAGCUGGACUUCGAGGACCCGUACGCCGCCGGCGCCAACACUUGUUUCACGGGCGCAGCACUCUCGGAGGUGAAGUACGUGUCUCCGAAACACCGGCUCAUCAAAGUGGAGACGCUGGAGAGGAGCAGCGCGAGCCCGAGUGUUGGCGGAGGAGGAGGCGGCGGCGGCGGAGGUUCUGGUGGUAGUAGUGGUGGUGGCAGCGCGAGCCAGGCAGCUGUAGGGAGCGCGAGAUCUCCCACAUCCCCACCCGCCGAGCACGAGACUAAGCAGGACAAGGUGAUCAUCUUGGAGGACUACGCCGACCCUUUCGAUGCCGCGGAUCAAGCAGGCGGCACGCAGAGCAGCGUGGAGAAGCCUGUGGAGAACGAUGGCUACAUGGAGCCGUACGAGGCUCAGAAGAUGAUGGCUGAGAUCCGAGGGAGUCGAGGCGUAAAGGACGGGCCGGUUCGGCAGCUUCCCCUGUAUGACACCCCGUACGAGCCUGCAGAGAACGGCGGGGAUUCUGACCCCCUGUGUUCACGUGAGAGCAGGCUGCCUCAGGAUGACGAGAGGCCACCGGAGGAAUACGAUCAACCCUGGGAGUGGAAGAAAGAACGCAUCUCAAAAGCCUUCGCAGUAGAGAUUAAAGUGAUAAAGGACCUCCCGUGGCCUCCUCCUGUUGGCCAGCUCAGCACUACGUCCCCCCUGGUGGAGGUGGUUGAGGCUCCUCCUGCUCCCCAGCAGGCGUCCCAGCUCUCCCCUGGACAGAGCGCCUCAGGCACUGAGCAGCACCACCAGGUCCAGUUCGAGGGGGUGGAGAAAGGCAGGAUGUCUCCGACGAAAGACGGGAAAUCGAGGCCUCCGCAGCGUCACUCCAGCGGCUGCUUGGUCAACAUGAAGAUGAGUUCGGUGGAGCAGUGUAUGCCCACACUGGGCGAGCGCAUCGACCCUACCAUGCCACUGGAGAGCCAGUUCUGGUAUCACGGUGCAAUCAGUCGAACGGACGCUGAGUCAUUACUGAGGUUGUGUAAAGAGGCCAGCUACCUAGUGAGAAACAGUGAGACCAGCAAGAACGACUUCUCCCUCUCUCUCAAGAGCAGCCAGGGUUUCAUGCACAUGAAGCUGUCAAGAACCAAAGACAACAAGUACAUCCUGGGCCAGAACAGCUGUCUGUUCGACAGCGUGCCGGAGAUCAUCCACUUCUACUCCAGCCGCAAGCUGCCGAUCAAAGGAGCCGAGCACAUGUCCCUCCUGUACCCCGUGGCCAUCCGGACACUUUAGCCUCCAGUCUAGAUUCGAUCGCUGAACAAAUGGCGCGUAGAUGCUUGUUACAGGUGGACGGAACAUCCAUCAUCUGCAUUUACGACGGCAUCUUAUAAUGUUUGACGACUGAUAUGGUGUCUGUUAAGCCUUUGUGAAUGGCUGCUUGUACACAGUGCUACUGGAACACUCUCCAGCAAAGACUGGAAGACUUUAGAGGCUUUAAAAGAAAAAGCCUUCACUUUCCCACUGAUGGUGUCAAAUCUUUUUUUUUUUUUUUUAAUUUACGCCGAGUUAUACCUUCAGCUCAGUGGAUUAUGGAGACCACACCGACCACACAAAGCAGACUAAUCUGUAAAUAAUAUGUUUUCCAGCAGCUCUAACGUGCACCCUCAAAUCCCUUUCCGCUGACAUUUCCUGUUCAUUUGGACUUAAAAACCCUGAGCUUUGGCCUGCGCCUCCACUUUGAUUGUUUGGUCUCAUGCAUACUGUAAUAAAAUCUCACGCAAACCAUUUGUGGACGUUUCUGAACUCCAGGAUGAUGUAUAAACUGCUGUUUUGUUAACACUAGUGAACCGAUCGGGAUACCACAACUCAUAUGAAGGUUCCUGGCUUGUGUUUUUCUCUUCAGUGUGAUCAUUUCCGAGAUGAAAAAUUGGAGGGGAGUUUUGUUUGUAUCUGAAACAGUCCAGAUUAGCAAGAAAACUAAUGCCAUGUACGACAAAGUUGCUGUUCCCUAGUAACAUGCAUUGAAACACACUUAGAAAAACACCUACAUGACAACUACAUAAAUCUUUCAACAGACCUGCAUAAGCAUUUGUAAACGAAUAUAGAUUAUAUUCAUGACGACAGACUCCCUUUGUCAGUUUCGAUGCCAAGCCGACUUAACACAACAAUUCUGUCAUCGCUACGAAUGCAAACCCUCAUAAGCAUGAAGGCUUAUUGCAUCAGUGAUGUUGACAAAAAGCUUCUUCCUUCAGCUUAAAGUCAAGUCGAUAUUACCCCCCUUAUGUCAACUGGCAACUUUCCAUCGACAUAACUUUGCGUUACGGCAAAUUCUGAGCAGUAGAAAUUUCAUGACAACUGACUUUGUAGCUCUUUUGGUAUUUUUAGGAUCAGAUUUUAACUGGAUUUUAAUUUGUGAGAAAUUUUAUAUAUAUAUAUAUAUAUAUAUAUAUAUAUAUAUAUAUAUAUAUAUAUAAAUACAUAACACUAUCGUCCUCAAAAAGUUUCAAAAUUUAACUCUCAUACCCAUCAUUAUGUGUCAUUAGAAGUUCAUUGAGGUAUAAAGUCGGAUGUUCCUCUAAUUUGACUUCGAGCUUGUGAAGAAAGCUUCUUUUGAAAUAAACCUUAAUAAAUUUUAUUUACAUGUUUGGUGGUUUUUGUUUUUUGGCCACCAUAAUUUUUUAUUUUAAAAAUUAUAUACUAUAUAUUUUUUUAAAAAUUAAAAGGGUCUCUGAGUGGUGCAACAGUAAAGCGUUCGCCCUCUUGUACAGAAGUUCGAAGGCAAAUUCCCAAGAAGCCACAGCCACCAGUCUUGGCGCUAGGAAUCUAAUAAAGCUAUAGUGGAUGUGGGAUGGCUUGCUCUCUCUCUCUCUCCCCCUGUCAAUCACAGUGUUAUAAAAUUGGAGAAGAUUCUCAGAGGAAGAACAUUCCCUUGUUUAUAGCUGCUGUGGGCGGAAAAACGGGAGACAAAUAAAUAGAUAUGAAUUUUUUUCAUGUACACAAUGCAAGUUUUGUGUCACGAAGGAUUUAUGUAGUUGUUCAGCUCUGAAGCGAUCUUUUCGUCCCAAUCCGAUCUUCCUACCGGUUGCAUACAACAAGUAGAUUCGGCGCAUUUGAACAGAGCCAAAAUUUCAGAUAAUAGACAACAUAUUUGUCUCGAGACUGAUUGCCGUUCUGUGGCCAAGUGAAGCAUGAAAAAGGAUGUUUCAGACGUUGAGCCACUUUACAUUCAAUCCCCCCUCAGCUUAAGACUAGGGAGAAUGAAAUAUGUCUGCAUUGUCUACCUCAGAAAAUCAAUUUAAUUCCACCCAUCAGCCAAUCAAUAAGGUACAAUAAGAUUGCAGAUAUCGAUCCAACUCCCUUUUCCUCUCGUCAAUUUCCACCAAAUUGUACCUUGGCUUUAGGAAAAAAAAAAAAAAAGUUUGUCUUGGUUCAACUCCAUCAAAGUCGGUUUGUUUUCAUGCUUGUGCUCGCCUGCUCGUUUUUUCUUUCUUUCUUUUACGAUCGUUUGUAUGUAAAUGUUACUCUGUACUAGUACGUGAUGCCGGUGACAUCCUUUGGGUUCAGGCUUUAGACUGUAGAUGCAUGGUGAGGAAAGAAAAAAAAUAAUCCAGUCCAUUUCUUAAACCUUUUUUUUUUAUUUCCCCAAAAAACACAUUGCUUUAAAUGAAUGUUCUGUGACUGUAAUUUAUUAUGGAGUGAUGAUUAUAGCUGUGUUCUUACUCCCAGACAAAGUGACUGAGAUCCUUUUAUGUUCUCUCUGUUCAAUUCUUUGUGUGUGUGAGAGUGUGUUUUGUGAGUGUGUGUGUGAGAGAGAGAGAGACUAUGAGUUUGUGUAUACCAAGGAUUGGAACUAGCAUAUUUCUAUUUCUAAGCUAUUGAUCGGUUUGUUUGCCCUGUUACGGUGUUGCGUAAACAUGAUGCGAAAUUGUGGUACAGACCGAAACCUGGAAUAUGCAAUGGUUUCUCCCGUCUUUGUGCUUUUGUUGCCUGAUUGUGAGCCUCUCAGCAGGCGAGUCUGCUUAUGAAAAGGCCUUAUUUAAUCAUCUUUAUUGCUGGGGAAGCAAAGCCUUGCAGGUCUUGGAAAUAACGAGGAGCCGAGAUGAAAGUCGCUAAUUAAACUCGUAAACCUUUAAACCCAUAUCGCGCACCAUUGUGAGCGAGUCGCAUACAGUGUGUCGAAAUGCAUUUAGAUUUAGAGAACUGCUCGCAUCCGCUCACAUCGGGAAGCUUGUAAAUAAUUUUUUAAUGAUAGCAAAAAGAAAUCAAAAUGAAAAGAUGCAGCGGUACGGCCGGACCUGACAACGAUUUCUGUCUCAAAUUCCCAUGAUUCUUAUGGGCUUCAUGAAAAGGAGGGGAAAAAAAUACGUGUUCCUGUGUUUUCCGGAUUGAGUUCUGUGUCAAAAAGGGACUGAAAGACGAGAGAAUUACCGCUUGAUCUUUGUUACAGCAAGACACUACAGGUGAAUAAAAUAUUAAAUCUUACAAUUAGUCUUUCCUACUUGAUUGUGGAUACCUGAAGUAUUUUUGUAUUGGAGCUUUUAUUCAUUAAAAAAAAAAAAAAGCAUUUAUACGUGCAAAUCAGGCAAAUAAAUGGAGUUUGGAUUAUGUUCUAAUUGAAAUGUUGGAAUUACUUUCUCAAGAGAAAGGCUUUUACGCGGCAGUUUGUUGGAAGCAUUUAUCCAGUCAGCUGUAGUGAAAUAAAUGACACUUUUAGCAGAAAAUUGAAUGUCCUCCAAAGAGUUAUCAUCAUUAACAUUUUGAGGAGUUGGCUCCUUGGCUUAUAAAAAGAGAUUGAAAAUUGAAAAUAUCAUGAAUGCAGAUCAGCUAGUCAUUUUUGGAAUAAAAGGAAAAGGAAAACAAUGUCUUUAAAUAUAGACGUUUGUGUGAUUUAUGAGGUUUUAAAAAGACUUGUAUAUCCUGCGAGUUGGCAAAAACCUUUCUUUGAGUUUUAAUAUAUCGGUAUAUUUGUAUGUUCGAUUAAAACGGGAAACCAUGUCAGUUUAAUCGAGCCUAAAAUCUGAAAAAUCGAAAGCUGGAUUUGAGCAAAAUUGACAUUUUCACUUGUAGUGUCUUGCCUUAAUUUAAGGAUGUAUAGCAUCUGUAUCCUUGUGGCCUAUGCCGUAGUCGGGUUCUGAAUGUACUGUAUACUAACAGGAGGUUAUUUUUUACAUAAAGUCUAAUCUGUUUUAAAAAAAAACCUAAAAACCAGAGUGUAUGACCGGCAUGUUCAAGUAUCAGGACUGUAAAAUAAUUCUCAGAUGCUGGCAGAUGGAGAAGAGGAAAAAAAGCUCUGUUGUGUGAAGGCAGGUCUGAGGAUGAACAGCAGGAAGGGGAGGAGGAGAGGAUGAGAAAGUCCUAAUCUUCAUUGUGUCUGUUAGAGCAUCUCAGUUUUUGUAGAUGAGUGUUCUUUAGUUUGCUGUGUGUGAGUGAUGCUGAAGGCUUUUCUCAGCUUUGUUCAGACGGAUGCUGUAUUUGUGUGCGUGUGCAUGUGUGCGUGUGUGCGUGUGCGUGUGUGUGUGUGUGUGUGUGUGUGUGUGUCGUCAAUCAUACACUGUCACCUCACCUGAAUCUAAUGUUCUUGUGUUAGUUUCCUCCUGUGUAUGCACUAAUAGAACAUAUCUGUACACUCUCAUGGCCAAAUGUAUAUACUGAAUGUAAUAAACGGGGAUGUGGAGGCUUUGAGGUUCAAAGAAAUAAAGAGUUUAUGGGUCUAAAUGAA